AUGGCAACUGUGCCAGACCUUCUCCAGAGCUGCCUUAUCCAGUUCAGCUCCUUGAUUACUUCGGACGGUCUUGCUAGACAUAUCCUUGAAGUCCCUCUGCAAGCAUGGAGGGACGAGCUGGGCCGAUUACGAGUAUGGGCUGCUGAUAUCGCCCAGACCGGACAAUCCUCUUUGGAUUACAGCCUGAGGGAUGCGUCCCAUAUAAAAGUCCAGAUUUUAUCGCUUCUGGGGAGAGUCAAAGACCUGCUCUUAGACCUCAUAGAGGUCCUCGAGGAAGAUGUAGACACCGAGAAUCAAUAUCCACGCGAAGGGGUUGAGGGUAUUGGAGACUAUCCAGAAUACGAUGACAGCAUAACGGAGAUUCAACAAAUUUAUCAAGGCCUUCUGGAAGCAAUCACACAUCUCUACCAGAUGUCGAUGAUGAUUCCUCAACCAGCGCAUCAUGACCGGUUACUUGGAACACGAAAAGUCGACGCUGAGCCAUUUAUAUUAUGGGCUAAGCAGCAUACUUCCAACAAAUAUCCCCACGCAGAUGAGAUGGUAAUCGAUCGACUCAGUUCUAUGAUGGCACGACAAAGAGCCAUUUUGAAAUAUCGUGAAAGGCACCAUGCGAAGUCGAGCCACUACAUUGACCUUGAAGAGGAGAAGUCGACUAUGCUGCCAGAACAUCCCGUUAAGGAUGUAUAUAAGGAGACCAACGAACCAGAUGGCAUGGUUUCUGAAGAUGGAGUGUCCGAAACCUCAUACAAUGGCACCCUGUUCAAGGGACCAGACGGAUGUACGAAGAUACCACCGAUUCCCCCGAAAGCGUGCGGGCAAAACUACUUCAAAUGUCCAUAUUGCUUCUACACCAUUACUGUCCGAGAUGAUCGAGCAUGGGCGCAGCACAUUCUCCGGGAUUUGAUGCCUUAUGUAUGCGUCUUCCCCGAUUGUUCCACGCCAAAUAGGCUGUAUGAAAGUUGUCGCCAGUGGUACGCCCACGUCCAGCAAACACAUCCAAUCCCUGAUAUCUAUAAAUGCCCCAUUUGCAAUCAGGAACACCUCUCCUCUGUCGAGUUUCAGCAACAUGUGGCCGGGCAUUUACAGGAACUUGCCCUCUUUUACUUGCCACGAGCAACACCGGAAGAUAAUGAAUCCCCUGAAACGAGACAAGAAGAGGAAGUGCAGAGGAUGAAUGCAGAGCAACGCUGGAGGUUGAAUAGACUUGAGCAGGCCGAAAAAAGAGAUACUAAGAAGGAAAUGCCGAAGGCCAAAUCAAGAAAGGGAAAGUCAAAGGCUUCUUUAGAGAUGGAAGAAGAUGAGUUGGAUAACCUUACGCGGGAUAUCAAUGAGAACGACACUCGAAAGUCGCACGGGGUUGUGGAUAAUUCUAAGAAGAAGAUCACUAAGGGAGCUGCUGUGGAAGAAUGGGGGCCGCAAGAACACAACAAGCAGAAGAAAAAGGAGUUCCGAGAUCAUCUGAGUAGCAUGGGUUACAGUGAAGAGGAGAUUGAGCUUAUUAUGAAGAAAGAGAAGAAAGAGAAGAAGGCAAAAAAGGAGAAAAAGGAGAAAAAGAAAGAAGAAACGAACCCAACGUGGAUUAGGGUCCACCAUAAACACCUGCUGCCAGAAACAUUGAUCGCAUAUAAUUUGCCUUGGGAUUGGGACGAGCACAACCACAACUACAUUGUCAUAAAAAAGCUGAUAACAGAGGACUUUCAAGAAGACCUUUUCUCCCACACUCCACGUAUACGCGAGGAAAAAGUUGUCACCCAAACAUCCCACUCCAUGACCGAAUUGAAGGGCGAUGACCGCAACAAAGAGAAAAUGUCCCUGGCCCGGAAGACCAGCCCUGAUGAUGCGUCAAGAAUACGAGCUAUGAUGGCGACACUGACAUAA